AUGACGACCAGGAUAUUAUACUUGUUCGUUUGGUCUACGACAUUUCUUGCUGAGCUGCAGUGCACCUCGCAAAGGACCACCGCAGGGCUUGCGUUCCCCACUGCCGGGCUUGGCAGCAGCCGGGAUGCCAGAAGUAAAAAAGACUCCAACCAGACCUAUAACUCCCGACUUAAGAGGAAAAACCUGGCCAUGGAUUUUGCAGUGCCCUCUCUGUUGCGCUACUACAUGACCGAGUUGAUAAAACGCCCACUUAACGGAGAUUGUCUGACUUUUAGUGGAUGCUAUACGGUGCGCGCUAAUUUAAGGAUGCACUGCAUUCCCUUACAAAAAACGGUGGCUACUUUUCUCGACCCAAAGUUGGCUGCAAUCGAUAGCAUGGCGGCGGAGAAUUCAACCAGUGCUGGUGGACAGCUCCCACACCGCUACAAGCGGCCGCUGUCCAAAGUUCUGAAUUUGGGCUUAACGAAAGCCAGCCGUAAAUCGAAUCAAGUCGUGGUGGAAAUUGGGGAGGACUUGGUUAAAACAGGAUGCGGUGGACUGGCAGUCUACGAGGAAGACCCGGUAUAUUUCCUGGAAAUGGACCUAACAAAUAUUUUGGAAUGGUGGUUGGGCGCGGAAGGGGGCCGGUUAAGGGUCAGGCUUAUGCCCGAAAAGAAAGCACAGGUUCCCGGGAGAGAGGACAAGUACACCGUGGCGAUACGAGCAGCAGACCCCCAGCUCUUUCUUCAUAUAGCCUCCGGAGGUAAGGUUUUAGAUCGAUCCCUCCUCCUCCUCCUCCUCCCCCUCCAUCAUUUCUCUGUCACACACACACACACACGUUCCCAUCCUCAUAAUGCAAUGCUUCAAUGAAUGACAUGUAGUCUAGCAAUGGACUGUAUCAAUGAAUGAACGGCAACCACAAUGCUAGUGUUGGUUGGUAUAAGUACGGCCUAUAAACUGUGUGCCAUUAAAUUUUUUGUGGAAAUAGUUGGAUACCCUCACGGUAGCCUAAUAUCUCACGACAUGUAUCUGGUUCUCAUACACCGCUGCUUGUUUCUUUGCGCUGUCUGAAAACUGCAGGGUACAAGUUUGAUUGUGUUGUUGGAUUUGAUAAGGUUCUUUGGCUUGAUAGAUAG